GAUGUUGGUGCAAGUGGCGAAGACAGAAAUGGUGAUAACGAGUGCAGAGGGGAGACAGGUCGUGUUGUCGGCAUCGGCGGAGACAAGGAAGGUGAUGGUGGAAGUAGAAGGGACACAAGUGGUGUUGGCAAUAAUGGGUGCGACACAAGUGGUGAUGGCAAAGGUAAAGAGGAUGAAGGUUAUGUUUUCAGAAUUGACGGGGACACGGAACAAGUUGGCAGAAGUAAGGGGGAUACAGUAAGUGAAGUUAUAAGUCGCGCGGACAAAAAUGACGAGGCGCAGAGUGGAGUAGGAUCAGGAUACACAGGGCAAUUUUUAAACAACGAUGUGCUAGAAAGUAUCAUUAAGAUUUCCUUAAAGUCCUUUCCGUUUAUAAGAACAUCCCUACAAGGUGUAAAUACCUUCUUCAGAGAAACAGUAGACAAGAUGCCUUGCCCUACGGUAUACAUUCCAGAACUCGCAGAAAAAACAGUCGUCAUAAGCAUAAGGAAACUAGUAAUGCUGAAGGGGAGAUGCAGUAGUGCUGUUGGACGCCUUCGGGCAGUUAUUAAAUCCCCUAAAUGGUAUCAUGCAUGGGUGAGGUUAGUUCCUCUAGAAUUUAGAUGGUUUGCAAUAUCUGGCAUUUUUUGGAAGAAUAUUGCAAACACACGUAAAUAG